GUAAUUAAUUCCAACACUAAAAACAGCAUGUUGCACAUAUGUGUUGCAAGCCAUGUUGCACGUAUGUUAAAGUAACGCACAUUAAAAUAAAAACAAUGCAAAUUGCAGCCAACAAGCGCACAUUAAUUAUUAAAAAACAUUAACUCUACAAGGCCUUGUGGCAAGUGUCGCGUUAUGUGUGCAACUAAAAGUGUAUAGUAAAUGUUAAAAUCGCACAACAAUGCGCAAAACAACAAUUAAAACUGUAACUGCAAGCAUUUGAGGCCAUAAAUAAAACGCGUUUGAGCGCUUAAACCAUAUUUGACACACACCAACAACACCACUACUUGCAACAUCCUAUUUAAUUUUUAAUUGCACAGCACUUUUUUACUAAAUUCUUACACAAUGGCCAACUACUAUUUACAAAAACAACAAAGUACACAAAAAUUCUACCAACAUGCCACACUAGUCAUCACCGUGCUGCUAACGCUCAUAGCAGGCGGCAAUAUGCAGCAGCAACAGCAGUUGAUGCAACAAGCGCCCAGCUUGCAGCAGCAGCAGCAACAACAGCAACAGCUGCAUGCGAGCAAUACGAAACAGCAGUCACAGCAAGCGCAGCAGCAUCAGCAACACUCCAACGCCAUUAUGGGCGAGGCGGGCGUGACCAAUUCACAGUUGCCGCAACCGCCUACGGCGACACAUUAUGGUGGCGCCAAUCUGCAGCCGGGUCUGGCAGGCGGCAUGCUUGCCGGCACUGCAGCGCAGGAUCCACGCUAUGAUGCGCCCGAUGAUUGCCAUUUUUUGCCCGCGGCCGGGCCCGAUAAUCCAGAGAUAGCGCUCACCUGUAAUCUGCGUACGGUCAAUAGCGAAUUCGAUACGACCAAUUUCAGUGUGAUACCCGCCGAGCAUACGGUGGCGUUGCAUGUCUUGUGCAACGACGAAAUUAUGGCGAAGAGCUCACUGGAGGCGCGCUCCUUUGCGCAUUUGGUGCGUCUGCAGGAGCUCUCCAUCCAAUACUGCAAAUUGGCCAAGUUCAAUCGGCAUGUGCUGGAGGGUUUGGCACAGUUACGCAAUCUCACGGUGCGCACCAAUAAUAUACUCUGGCCCACGAUCAAUUUCGACAUUGAAGCCGAUGCUUUUGCGGUGGCCAAGAAUUUGGAACGUUUGGAUUUGUCAUCGAAUAAUAUCUGGUCCUUGCCGGAUAACAUCUUUUGUGCGCUGAGCGGUUUGUCAUCGCUGAAUAUGAGCGAGAAUCGUUUGCAGGAUGUGAAUGAGUUGGGCUUUCGUGAACGCACACGUGAACAAGCGGCUAAUGCAGAGCAUUCCACCGCAGCAACGCCUGAAGUGUCGACGAGUCGCCAGCAAACUGGCAGCAGCGCUAGCAAUACCAGUUGCAAUUUGGAUUUGGAGAUACUAGAUGUAUCUUACAACCAUUUUGUGUUGCUACCUGCUAACGGUUUUGGCACUUUGCGCCGUUUGCGCGUGCUGCAAGUGAACAAUAAUGAGAUCUCCAUGAUCGCAGAUAAGGCGCUGAGUGGUCUCAAGAAUCUGCAAAUACUCAACCUCAGUUCGAAUAAAAUUGUUGCCUUGCCUUCAGAGCUCUUCACCGAACAAGCUGGCACAAUACAGGAGGUUUACUUGCAAAACAACUCGAUCAGCGUGCUCUCACCGAAACUUUUCUCCAAUCUCGAUCAAUUGCAAGCGCUCGAUCUGUCGCACAAUCAGAUCACCUCAACGUGGAUCGAUCGCAGCACAUUUGUGGGCCUGAUACGUCUGGUGUUACUCAAUUUGGCGCAUAAUAAACUCACCAAACUUGAACCGGAGAUCUUCACUGACCUCUACACACUACAGAUCUUGAAUCUGCGUCACAAUCAGCUGGAGAAUGUCGCCGCCGAUACAUUUGCGCCCAUGAACAAUCUACACACACUUUUGCUCUCACAUAAUCGCCUCAAAUACUUGGAUGCUUAUGCGCUCAAUGGGCUCUAUGUGUUGUCGCUGCUCUCUUUGGACAAUAAUGCUUUGAUUGGCGUGCAUCCCGAAGCCUUCCGCAAUUGCAGCUCACUACAAGAUCUCAAUUUGAAUGGCAAUCAGUUGAAGACAGUACCGUUAGCAUUGAGAAAUAUGCGCUUGCUACGCACGGUGGAUCUUGGUGAGAAUAUGAUUACUGUGCUGGAGGAUAACGCCUUCAAGGGCUUGGGUAAUCUUUAUGGUCUCCGCUUGAUUGGUAACUUUUUGGAGAAUAUAACAAUGAAUGCUUUCAAAGAUCUGCCGAGCUUGCAGAUACUCAACCUCGCACGUAAUCGCAUUGGCGUUGUGGAGCCUGGCGCCUUUGAGAUGACUUCGAGCAUACAAGCGAUACGUUUGGAUGGUAACGACCUAAGCGAGAUCAACGGUUUGUUCAGCAAUAUGCCUUCCUUACUCUGGCUGAAUAUCUCCGACAAUCGUUUGGAGCAUUUCGACUAUGCUCAUGUGCCCAACACGCUGCAGUGGCUGGAUCUGCAUAAGAACCGUUUGGGCGAGCUCUCCAAUCGCUUCAGCCUCGACACGCAAAUACGUCUGCAGACUUUGGAUGCAAGCUUCAAUCAAAUACAGCGCAUUUCGCCCUCCUCUAUACCGAACUCUAUCGAACUACUUUUCCUCAACGAUAACCUCAUACACAUCGUCGAUCCGGACACUUUCAUGCAUAAGUCCAACCUGACGCGCGUUGAUCUCUACGCCAACCAGAUCAGCACGCUGGACAUCAAAUCCUUACGCAUACUGCCCGUACAUGAGCUGCGUUCGCUGCCUGAGUUCUACAUUGGCGGCAAUCCCUUUACCUGCGAUUGCAACAUCGAUUGGCUGCAGAAGAUUAAUCACAUUAAGUCGCGACAGUAUCCACGUAUUAUGGACUUGGAGACCAUCUAUUGCAAACUGCUGAAUAACCGUGAACGCGCCUACAUACCACUCAUCGAUGCGGAGCCCAAGCAUUUCCUAUGCACUUACAAGACACAUUGCUUCGCGGUCUGCCAUUGCUGUGAGUUCGACGCUUGCGACUGCGAGAUGACCUGCCCGACGAAUUGUACUUGCUUCCACGACCAAACUUGGUCCACGAAUAUUGUGGAAUGCUCUGGCGCUGGCUACACACAAAUGCCACGCAAGGUGCCCAUGGACACCACUGAGUUGUACAUCGAUGGCAACAACUUUGCUGAGCUGCCAGGGCACACCUUCCUGGGACGCAAAAAUCUCGCUGUACUCUUCGUUAACAACUCGAAUGUACAGUCGCUGCAUAACACAACCUUCAGCGGUCUCCGUAGGCUGCUGGUGCUGCAUCUCGAGGACAAUCACAUCGCCGAGGUGCGUGGCGACGAGUUCAGCAAUCUGGAGAACCUGCGUGAACUCUAUCUACAGAACAACCGCAUAGCCAGCGUUGGCAAUGGCAGUUUUCAGGCUUUGCGUAAGUUGGAAGUGCUGCGUUUGGACGGCAAUCGGCUGGUGCACUUUGAGGUCUGGCAGCUAGCACUUAACCCAUACUUAGUAGAGAUAGGGCUUGCAGACAAUCAGUGGAGUUGCGAAUGUAGUUACUUGAUGCGCUUCCGCACCUACCUCGCACAGACGGCCGAGAAGAUUGUCGAUGCGGCUCGCGUCUCCUGUGUCUACAACAAUGCCACCAGCGUGCUGCGCGAAAAAAAUGGCACGAAGUGCACGUUACGCGGCGAUGAGGUCACCACAUAUGCACAUGCCAGCGAAAUCGAACAUCUACUGCCGCUGCUCUUAAUCGCCACAUGUGCCUUUGUUGGCUUCUUCGUGCUCAUCUUGGGCAUCUUCUGCUACCGCCACGAGCUCAAACUGUGGGCACAUACAAACUGUCUGCUCAACAUGUGUUAUGCAGGCCGCAAUGCGCACGGUUUCGUCGAGUCGCUGGACAAGGAUCGUCUGUGUGAUGCAUACUUUGCCUACAGCUUACAGGAUGAGCACUUCGUUAAUCAAAUAUUGGCACAGACGCUGGAACAUGACAUCGGCUAUCGCUUGUGUUUGCAUUAUCGUGAUGUGAAUAUCAAUGCGUACGUAACGGAUGCCAUCAUCGAGGCCGCCGAGAGCGCCAAGCAGUUUGUGGUCGUGUUAUCGAAGAAUUUCCUCUACAACGAAUGGACACGUUUCGAAUAUAAAUCAGCAUUGCAUGAGAUGGUGAAGCGUCGCAAACGUCUGGUCUUCAUACUCUACGGCGAUUUGCCGCAACGCGACAUCGACAUGGAUAUGCGUCAUUACUUGCGUACGAGCACCUGUCUGGAGUGGGACGAUAAAAAAUUCUGGCAGAAGCUACGCAUCGCACUGCCGCACAUACGCAAGCGACCAAUCACCGCCAAUUGUCUGGCUACGCGGUCGGCCGUGAACAUUUACGCUUCAGCGCACGAAUACCAGCCCGCAGGCGGCAAUAGCACCGUUGGUGGUGGCGUUGGUCUGCCAAAUGGACACCUCAGCGGUGCAGGCAUCGGCGUUGAUAAGGCGCACUACUCCGACUGCAACAACUAUGCGACCAUUAAUGAUUGUGGUGUUGGCGCGCGCGGCUAUGCGCCCAUACCUACCGCCACUGCUGCCUGCAAGUUUAACACGCUCAAUGAGCUCUCGCACAAAAUGCAUAAAAAUGAUUUGCUGAAUAACAUCGGCGGCGCCGGCAGCGGUAUGUGUGGCAUUGGGCUCGGCGGUGGCGCCAAAACGCUCGAUCAUCAUCACCACCUCCGCGCGCAUCAGCAGCACGAGUACGCGGUGCCCGCUUAUUUGGGUACGCUGAGCAACGGCCAUGUGGGCGGCGGUGGUGGCAACGCGCCUACCUACGACAGCGUCGAUUACGCCAAGCAGAAGCUGAGCGCCAGCAACAAUUGCGACAACUGCACUGUGGGCACACAGAAACGCGUCACCAAAGGUGGCCUACACCCCAGCUUCUCAUCCAAUUUCACAGCGCCGCCUAACGGCACACUCACAGGCGCUUGCUACAACAGCUAUAACUGCAAGAAACCAUGCAAUUGUGGCGCGCGCAAGCACGCGUCUGCCGCCAGUGAUGACGGCAUCAGCUGUCGCUGUGGCACUGCGAGCAGCGGCGCGCCAAAGGAGUUGGGCACAACAACGGCGGCGCCGACGCCGGCACUGGCUGCGUCUGCGACCACAUGCAGCAGCAAUAGCAGCAACAACAGCGAACGCAGCAGCAGUGUCACCAACAGCAGCAACAAUAGCACCAGCUCAGCGGGUAGCGGCAAUCGGCAACCAACCGAGCAGCUGGCACACUACGAAUCCAGUUUAUCGCUGAACGAGAGCGCAGCACUGAAUGGGCCAUUGUGGGCGUAACAACAACUGGAUUUAGGUGGCGGCAUUGCGGGCGGUAAAACGCGCAUGGCGGUCUGCUUGAAUGUGUAAGCGCGCCCCAAACAAAUUGCCUAGCAAACGCAAUGAAAAUUUCUAUGUAUUUUAAGUGUGUAUGCGUGCGUGUGUAUAUGUGUCAGCAAGUGCUUGAAAUUGUGCGCGUGUGUGUUUUAGUGUAAAAAAUGUAGAGCGCGUCACAGCGCCAGAGACAGACUGUGCAACCAGUGAAUUUAAUUAAACGCCUGCAAGCGCACACAUAUACAUAUGUGUGUGUGUGUAUGUGCGCCUAUGCGUAUGCAGGUAGUCAGGCAACUAGUAGUUCUUGUAUGUGGGCAGUGAAUGUGAAUUGUUGAGGACACUUGCUGUGGCAUGUGUUGCAGCGACUCGCACAAAUAUGAGACUUUGUAAAAAGUAGCAUACCAAAAGCAAAACUAGCGAACUGAAAACAGAACAGAAAAAAGCAACCAAACAAACACAAAACAAAGCAAACAAACAAACUACGUAAAACCGCUAACUAGUUCUAGUUACUUAAAUUAUAAUUAUUAAAUUAAACUUAAAUUAUUACUUAACAACUAAGCACUUAGCAAAGCGAGGCAGGCAAACUGAACAAAAUAAGAUAAAAUAAAACAAAUGAUUUUCACUAGCAUUAGAAUUUACCAUAUAGCGGUUAAUAAGUGUGCUUGUGUGUGUAUGCGUGCGUGUUUAUUGUAUAUGCGUGUAAAUAUAUAUUUAAAUAUAUUUGAUUUCUUUUUGGACUUCAAAAUAGCAAAACGAUAAAGUUUGAAAAUUUAAAUAUAAA